UCAACAUUCGGUGUGACUAGCACAUCAAGCGGCUUUCCCCCUCCCUCUCUUCCCCAAAGCCGGAUACCUCAGUUGCAUUUCUCUAGCUUGAUUUCCCUCUUUGUCGCGGGUACAAAACAUGGUGUCGACGGUCCCAUCUUGUAGGUUUUUUUCUCCAGCGCCAUCCCCUUGCACUCAUCUUCGUCCAACUUCUCCAGCAACUACACUAUCUCUCGCUCCCGUUAAAGGUCGUCCGCAAUAUGCGGGGCCACCGCUGUUCAAGUCGGUUGCUCCCCCGCCUAGCCCCGUAUUGGAGACUGCUGUAAGGCGGUUCAUGGCACGCGACGCACGAAAAAUCUUCGAGGCACACUGGGAAGAGGCGAAAAAGCGGUUUGGCGCAUGGAAUGCUGGACUCACUUUGCGGUCGUUUAUAGAGAAGAAUCUCAAGGUAGGCAACACGUGUCAGCCAGCAAGGAUGGUCUACCUUACGCACUCUUCCUAGGAAAUUGACUUGGACCCUUGGGCGCAAGCAGCAAGGGAUGAGGGCGCGGACAUGAACAACCUCCGGCUGCGUUAUACGGGGUCAAAUAGCCCACUCUCGUACGAUUGCCUCUUGGUUUUCUGUCAGCUGGCUCCUACGACGCGCAACCCCGCUCUCUUCCAUCUCGAGUCCAAGACCUUGAUACCAGUGAGCGACAGCGUCAUACUCUUCCGCAAAGGCCAGUGGCAUUACGCUGCUCGUGCACCAAUACCCGGACAAGAACGUCAGCUGGAAGACUGGGAAUACGUAAGGUGUCUCACGGCUCGCUUCACACUCCCAUGGACAGAUCCACCAGCGGAAGAACACGGUAGCACUAUGGAUACGGGGGCUUGAAGCGGUUUGCUUGGGUGGUUAUUCACGUGCAUUUUUCUGGACACUUGGGCUUCUGCAUAUUGUAUCGAUAGCACUCAGCUGCAGCUAAUACCAUACAGUACUGUACCACUUGAAUCCAAAGGGGGCUAGGAGAGGUGACGGGAAAUCCGGAGUCUCAUGACGCUUGCCCGACGUGGAGGGUUUUGUACAGCAUGACAAGCAGUGGACAGAUCUGAGCAUCAUGGAAACUGGCAUCAGGACGUGGAGAUAGUGGCUCGCUCACUCGCCAAGCGGACAUGGUGUCGUUGCAGCUGCAAGUUUUGCAGAGUUCGUGCAGACUUUUCUGCCCGAAGCUGGGUGACGGCGUCGAGCGUAGGGCCGCAAGAACAAAUAUCA